GAUCCGGCCCUGGGUAGACACCUAUGCUUCCAGCAGGGGUUACAUAGUAGUGAAGAAGACAUCCGAUGAGUGUGAGGCACCCAGCAGCCACCGCAUUGUGUCAGGAGAACGGAGCAGAACCCAAAGCCUCAUCCCGGUGCCUCCACCUCACUCACUGAUACAUCAGAAGAUCCUGGAAUUCAACAACAAGAUCAUUCAGCUGGUGACUGGAGAGGAGGAGGAGUAUAUAGAGGAACACAGGGGUCUGUACAAGGACGUGAUGAUGGAGAAUCACCGGCCCCUCACAUCACUGGAUGGACCCAGUAACAGAGAUACCCCAGAGAGAUGUCCCCGUCCUCUGUAUUCCCAGGACUGUACAGAGGAGAAUCACAGGAUCCCACAGGAGGAUCAGGUUGAACGUCUGUCUGAUAUUAAAACAGAAGAUAUAGAGGGAGAAGAGACGUAUGUGACUGAUAUAAAGGCAGAAGAUAUAGAGGGAGAAGAAGAGACGUAUGUGACUGAUAUAAAGGCAGAAGAUAUAGAGGGAGAAGAAGAGACGUAUGUGACUGAUAUAAAGGCAGAAGAUAUAGAGGGAGAAGAAGAGACGGAUGUGAGGGGUGAUCAGCAGUGUAAAGAGGAGGAGAUCCCUACAGAUAUCAGCACAGCAGAUGGACACACAAGCAGGAAUAUCUCAGAAGGACAUCUAAUGUUAUCCCCGGACUGUGACAUAAAAGAUAAUGACAGUAGACAGGAUUCUCCAGGGGCUAACCCCAUUACCCCAAUUAUACAUCCAGCUCUAUCAGCUGGUCCCUCUGAUCCUGGGAAAUGUUCUCCUGAUCACUCUGAUAUUGGUGCAUCUGUUACAGCUCUGAGAGUAGAUACAGUGUUUCCCUGUUCUACAGAUGCCAAAUGUUUUACACAGAACACAAAGCAACAGACAGGUAUGACAGGUGAAAGGCCAUUUCCAUGUUCUGAGUGCGGGAAAUGUUUUACACAGAAUUCAAAACUUGUUACACAUCAGCGAAGUCACACAGGUGAGAAGCCAUUUUCUUGCUCUGAGUGUGGGAAAUGUUUUACACAAAAAUCAGCUCUUGUUAUACAUCAGAGAAGUCACACAGGUGAGAAGCCAUUUCCAUGUACUGAGUGCGGGAAAUGUUUUACACGGAAAUCAAAACUUGUUACACAUCAGCGAAGUCACACAGGUGAGAAGCCAUUUCCAUGUUCUGAGUGCGGGAAAUGUUUUACCCAGAAAUCACAUCUUGUUACACAUCAGCGAAGUCACACAGGUGAGAAGCCAUUUUCUUGCUCUGAGUGUGGGAAAUGUUUUACACAGGAAUCGCAACUUGUUACACAUCAGCGAAGUCACACAGGUGAGAAGCCAUUUUCUUGCUCUGAGUGUGAGAAAUGUUUUACUACAAAAUCACAAUUUGUUACACAUCAGAGAAGUCACACAGGUGAGAAGCCAUUUCCAUGUUUUGAGUGUGGGAAAUGUUUUACACAAAAAUCAGCUCUUGUUAUACAUCAGAGAAGUCACACAGGUGAGAAACCAUUUUCUUGCUCUGAGUGUGAGAAAUGUUUUGCCCGGAAAUCACAUCUUGUUACACAUCAGCGAAGUCACACAGGUGAGAAGCCAUUUUCUUGCUCUGAGUGUGAGAAAUGUUUUGCCCGGAAAUCACAUCUUGUUACACAUCAGCGAAGUCACACAGGUGAGAAGCCAUUUUCUUGCUCUGAGUGUGGGAAAUGUUUUACUGAGAAAUCACAUCUUGUUACACAUCACAGAUGUCACACAGGUGAGAAGCCAUUUCCAUGUCCUGAGUGUGGGAAAUGUUUUACCGAUAAAUCACAAUUUGUUAAACAUCACAGAAGUCACACAGGUGAGAAACCAUUUCCAUGUUCUGAGUGCAGGAAUUGUUUUACUCGGAAAUCACAUCUUGUUACACAUCAGCGAAGUCACACAGGUGAGAAGCCAUUUUUUUGCUCUGAGUGUGGGAAAUGUUUUACACAGGAAUCACAUCUUGUUUCACAUCACAGAUGUCACACAGGUGAGAAGCCAUUUUCUUGCUCUGAGUGCUGGAAAUAUUUUACCAAGAAAUCACAUCUUGUUACACAUCAGAUAAGUCACACAGGUGAGAAUCCAUUUCCAUGUUCCGAGUGCAGGAAAUGUUUUACACACAAAUCCGCUCUUGUUAUACAUCAGAGAAGUCACACAGGUGAGAAGCUGUUUUCUUGUUCUGAGUGUGGGAAAUGUUUUACACACAAAUCAGAUUUUAUUAAACAUGAGAGAAGUCACACAGGUGAGAAGCCAUUUCCAUGUUCUGAGUGUGGGAAAUGUUUUGCACACAAAUCAGAUCUUGUUAUACAUCAGAGAAGUCACACAGGUGAGAAGCCAUUUUCUUGUUCUGAGUGUGUGAAAGGUUUUACCAAGAAAUCACAACUUGUUACACAUCAGAGAAGUCACACAGGUGAGAAACCAUUUCCAUGUUCUGAGUGUGGGAAAUGUUUUGCACACAAAUCAGAUCUUAUUAAACAUGAGAGAAGUCACACAGGUGAGAAGCCAUUUUCUUGCUCUGAGUGUGGGAAAUGUUUUACACAGAAAUCACAUCUUGUUACACAUCAGAGAAGUCACACAGGUGAGAAUCCAUUUCCAUACUCUGAGAAAUAAAUCAGCUCUUGUUGCACACAAUAGACCACUUAGGUGAGAAACCAUUUUAAUCUUUUGGAGUAUACUCAUCAUUGCCAUGCGUUGUUCUUCAAGGUUCUUAUCCUAUCUCCUAUACUUUUUGCAAUAUACAUGCUACCGCAAGGUGAAACAAUCAGAUGUCAUGCCCUCAUCUACCACUUCUAUGCAGAUGACCUGUCUUUUGCUCUGGGUGCUGAGAACCCAAUACCAAUCCUAAAUGUCUAGCUGAGCUCCAGGUGUGGGUGAUGCCAGUUGGCUGUGACUCAGUACUGGUGAAACAGGUCCUUAUGAUAGAAGCUCACAAACAAAUGGCAGGGCUACAGCUCCGCUUUACCUACCAACCAGACUUACGCUUGUGGGUUCAGAGUUACAAAAUGCGAAUCAUGUGCGGAAUCUUGGUGUCCUGGAUGGUGGAGUGACACACAUCGGGUAUCGGCCACAAUCAGAUCCUCAGGAACAUAGCCAGACUCCAGCACUUUUUUCCCUCAGAAGAUCUACCUACAGUCAUACAUACACUUGUACCAUCACACAUAGAUUACUGCAAUGUCCUCUACCUGGGUCUCCCAGCAAAAGAAUUGCACCGCUUGUAGCUUGUACAGAAUGCAGCAGCCAGGCUGUUACCUAACCAGCCCGUUCCUGCCAUAUAACACCCAUUCUCUGCUCCCUUCACCGGCUGCCUGUAAAAUGGUGACUCUAUUACAUAAUCUUACUGACUCCCAAUCCUACAUGAUCAGGGUUCAUGCUACCAGAAACAACUUCUGCCUCCUUACUGCCCUGGUUACUUCCAUCUGCAGAUGAAGGACUGUUACCAGCAGUACCAAGAAUCCCCAAGAAGUGCCGAGAUGUCAGGGGGGAGACAGGGUGGGUGGCAGUAGUGGGGGGAGACAGGACGAUGGCAGCAAUGCAGUACCAGGGGCUGCUGGAGGCAGUAAAGAGGUGUAUGGGUCCCGCACAGAAUCAGUUGAUAAUUAAACUUAAUGAUUAUGCUUCCUUAUUUUUAAUUAAUCCCUUGUAUGUGUUACUGUUAUUUGCUGUGUCAGUCUUUAUGUGUGUUCUGUGUAAUAAUCCUGAAAGUAGCGCUGCUACCGAUCUCAUAUCAUUUGUGGUAACUUGGAAAAGAUGAGAUAUGAGGUGCACUCUGGAAGCUUAUAGGGGGUUAAUCAGAGAUGAACGCAGAUGUGACAUCAUGCAGCCCCCCGGAAGAUGGUCCCGGCCCGUGUUAGCCCCUCAGUGAUAUGACCGCAAUGUGUGUGUCUGCGCGGCCGCUGCGUAUGUACAUUUUGCCACCAUGAGAAAACUGCUGAAUGACCCCCAUAGGCUGUUGUUCAGAGUAAAGAUUUUUUUAAGUUUAAAAUAUAGACAAAAAUGUGUAUUAAAGAUAUGAAAUAAAGUAUUUUAAAAGUAAAAGAUUUCUGGUGCCAUUUUGGCUAUGUCCAAUUUUGACAGCUCAUUUAAAUAGUGGGAUGAUAUUAC